UGGUGAUCGCUGUGGGUCUGGUCAGAGCUUAUCUAGCCAGAGGAAGCUACCAUGGGCUGUACUACUCUAUAGAGAAGCCUCUGAAGUUCUUUCAGACUGGAGCUAUUCUGGAGAUACUGCACUGUGCCGUAGGAAUCGUACCGUCCUCAGUGGUCCUGACUGGAUUCCAGGUCAUGUCCCGGGUCUUCCUCACCUGGGCCGUCACACACAGUGUCAGGGAGGUGCAGAGCGAGGACAGCGUGCUGCUGUUCGUCACAGCCUGGACCGUCACAGAGAUCAUCCGCUACUCUUUCUACACCUUCAGCCUGCUCAACCACCUGCCUUACCUCAUCAAAUGGGCAAGGUACACCUUCUUCUUCAUGCUGUACCCUAUGGGAGUGACCGGGGAGCUGCUGACUAUCUACGCAGCUCUGCCGUAUGUGCAGAAGACCGGCCUGUACUCCAUCACUCUUCCCAACAAGUACAACUUCUCCUUCGAUUACCACUCCUUCCUCAUCCUCGCCAUGAUCUCCUACAUUCCCCUCUUCCCCCAGCUUUACUUCCACAUGAUACGACAGAGGAAGAAGGUGCUGGGCCACAUAGAGGACUACAGCAAAGUGGAGUGAGCUGAACAGUAUUCACACAGAAAUUAAAAAACCAAAACAACCGAGAGAAGAGGAACUAAAUCACAUCUGAUUUACACAAAACCCGGCCAGAUUUCAAACUGCCAGAGCUGACCUGGCAGACGAUCAAAUUAUCAAGCUACGUUAUUGUUCUCUUUCUUUCUCUUCCAGCUGUUGUAUAAAUGCUCACUAAUGAACAAACUGGUGAUAUUUGUUUUGCUGUUUUCAUUUAUGAACUAGCAGGGCAUCGGAGACCUCCGCCAUGUUUAACCAACUAACAACAAACACCAAUGAAAACAUAACCCACUUGGUGGAGGUGAUAAAAUAGGUGCUGUCUUCUUUGUCUGAGGUUAUAGUACAAUUUGUUUGAGAUCAGUGGGUCACUUGACAUAGAAGCUAUUAAAAAAACUAGAGCGCAUACCUCCGCCAAGUCCCAACAGUCUCCUUAUGAAACCACAUUUUUAUUUGAAUCUGCUCCAAAUCCCACACACUCAUGGAUGUCAGUCUGCUCGUAAAAUAUCUAUCCCGUAAUGUGUAAGAAAGUGAAAAGUAAAUCCUGGCUCCACCGAGAUCAAUUAAUUCAUUUUUGCGUAAUCCUGCAAACCAACCAACUAACUAACGCAGAUGAAAACACGGCGUCCUCGGCUGCGGUUACUCUAUUACAGCCAAAGAUCUUACGGCUACAGACGAACUGUAUUUUGAACUGAGCCGCACAACUCGGUCACGGCAAAGCAGUGAACUGCAUCCUGCACUGAUAGAAUCAAAAACCCUCUUUCUUUAAAUGACACUAUGGAAAGAUAGAUUUCUCAACUCCCCAUAGUCUUUUUUUUUAAGAUGCAUUUCUUCUUCACUGCAGCGUAGAGAGAAUAAUGUGAAGACUAGUUCUGUUUCUAGGUCGUCUGUAAGUUUUUGCAUCUACAGUGUGAAGUCCACAUGUGUCUGUUGUUUUUUUCCCUCAUUUCAUUAGUCAGACGUUUGAUUACAUUCCUAAUUUAAUCAAUAAAUGAUUUUUAUUUUCAUUUUG